GAACUGAACAUAGCCUUAGGAGUGCAGCAAAAAAUAAAAAAAAUUAUUAACCCUAGUUAUCAGAACCAUGUGAAUAGUAUUUGAUAAGGUGGGUCAUGUUUACAUAUCCUCGAAGAACUCAAAAAUUAAAAAUAAUUCCUCCAAGUUGCCAACGUUCUUGCUCUCCAACAUUCAAGUUGCUGAUCACUAUAGUCUAUAAAUACCAAUUGCUACCAGCUGAACCUUCCUAAACACAAAAAUCUUCAUCAGAGAAAAAACUCCUUCACCCAAAUCUCUCCACUGGUCUUAGAAAAAAAAUUGGACAUUAAAUCAUGGUUUUCCGGUUAAGAUUACCCAACAAAACCCAAGGAGUCCCAAAGGGACACGUUGCUGUAUAUGUAGGAGAUUAUAACAAGGAAAAGAAACGAUAUGUGGUGCCCUUAUCUUGCUUAAAUCGUCCGGCAUUCCAAGACCUGCUUAGCCGCGCUGAAGAAGAGUUCGGCUUUAGUCAUCCAAUGGGUGGUCUAACUAUUCCUUGUGAUGAAGAAACCUUCAUCAAUGUCCUCAGCAAUCAAGUGAGGUCGUCAUGGAGCUGAUAUUUAAUUUCUUCUUCUGGGUCCAGGUUUCUACACUAUUUGGCCCUUUGGAGUUUGGACCAAGAGUCCAUGUAUGUAUAAACUCAUUUCCUCUCUUUUUAUGGAAACGAGUUGAUUUUAGUAGUAAGAACAAUUCAUAUUAAUGAUGUUGUCGUAAAAAUCUGUGUCCACUUUAUUCUCUGUGACCAAUCGCAUAUUAUUCAUAUGAAACAUUAAAUGCACCGUUCCGGAAUGCUAAUGAAGUA